CUCAUCGCCCUUUGAUACCCCCCGCUUGAUAAUCUGACCUGAAUCGUCCCAAAAGACCUGUGUCGCUCCCAUCUCGUGCGGCGCUCAACACAUUUUGCGGGAAUUCCGGCCAACCUACACUAGAAAUAUCUGCCUUGCGAUCGUAUAGCAGGAUGACGUUGGACGAAAGCAGCUCUUCACUGAAUGGAGAUGGAAGGUAGACUCCUAGCUCUGAAAAACAUUGUGCCGGCCUCUCAUUCUUUUCUGCCUAACCUUCCGCGAUGCCUUAUAGUCUCAGCAACGACCAUCCCGACAAUGCCAGUCAGACCCCUGACUCUGGCUCAACCACCUCGCAAGCCUCCGAAGAACUCACAGCCGAGUUAGACUACUACAGGGGUCUUCUUGAACGGAUUAUGAGUAUUGUCCGCAGCGGAGAUCAGGCGCGCGUUGCUCACUUAAUUUCUAUAAUUCGAGAUAAUCCCUCUGAUAGCGACAUCUAUACUCAACUGGAGAUCGAACCUCCUAUCAAUGACAGUGACGAAGAAGAAGACAAAGAAGAAGACGAUGAGGAAUCUGAGGAACAGAACAAUUAGAGCGCCAUCCGAGUUGUGGCUCUUACCGACCUUUACUCGUAUUCGGCGGAUUUGUGGUACACUCGAUGAGAAAGCUUCUGUUCGACUCGUCUUGGUUGAGCUACGACGUUCUAGAGAUCAGGCGGCAUGAUACUAAUCAAUCGGGAUUCUUUGUCACUUAAAAAAUGUGGUUUAGUCGACGACUGAGAGGAGAGAUAUGUCUGCCUGUUGCUCGGAGAAUCUUC